GGGUAUUUCGCGUUUGCAUAUAUAUAUAUAUAUAUAUAUUCCAUUUGAUUCAAUUAUAAUAAUCGCAUGGAUGGAUCGUGGAUACGAAUGAUUGAAUUCCAAGUUGCGACGCAUCCUUCUAGAUAAAAUUACCGAGUCUAUACCUGUAUAAUAAUUGAUCCGGGUGUACGUACGUACAAUAUGAUUUCGCGCCGCGAAAUUGCAACGGCGAUAAAUCAUUACCCUACAUCCUUCGUCCAUCUGCAGCCACGUGCCACACUGCUACGUCUCUGAUAGGGAUAAUAACAAAGUGAAAAAAUGAAAAAAUGACAAAAUGACAAAAUGGAAAAAAGAAAAAAAAAUAGGAAAGGAAAGAGACACGUUGGUGAUUACGGCAUACCUGUAUAUUCUCUCUGUACAUUUUUGCCCGAGGGUGAAAAACUCAGUCCGGAACAGCGUAGGAGUAGGUGAUGCAGGUGCCAGGAGCUAACGACGAUGCACACGGGCAUCUGCAUAGGUCAAAGUGCGUCACAUCGUCAGGUUUGCACCAGCGUUCGAGGUUCGAACGAUUAUUGCGUACGUACCGCGUUCGCUGUCUCUGUACGGAGCUGGCAAUUUAAUCGCGAGAACUACAAACGGGGAAGAAAGUAAAACGAAGGAAUUCCGGUGUUCGAUGCAGCCUUCGGGCGGAACUUGCGAUAGAAAAUAGAAGAAUUAUAGCCACGAGAGUGAGCCACGCCGCUCGGUAAACCGCGAAGGGGAUGCGGUGGGAUGGGGGUUGUGUCGUACGGUGAAGUUAUAUGGGCAGGCACAUGCGUGUCUCUCGUUAUAAAUGGAUUGACCUAAAGAAAACCUCUGAAAUGACAUAAAUAACGCCGGUAGCGCGCCGUAGGCGGUAUAAGAGCCUUAUGUAACCUCUCUCUUUCUGCGCUCUGACUCGGCGGCGCGCGUUGCGAUGCGUGGAGAAUUUGUCCCGCACACCGAUCAUAAUAUAUAUAUAUAUAUAUGUAUAUAUAUCGAUGCAACCUCGUCCCUGUAAACUUGGUACCCGCGCGUCACGCGCGUACUACACAUCCACGACAUCCGCAGAACCAAUACCGAUACACGCGUGCCCGGGUAUACGACGCGUAAGCGGAACCGCGCUCGCGAUAUUACACGACGCGCCGCAUCUUACGGAUCUACGGAUCUAUUGCGUAUCCGUUUCUAAACGGUGGAUAAAAUUUAUCGUCGAUGAAAAGCGCGGUCGAGGGUACCGGAUGUCGGAUCAAGUUUUAUUCGUGCGAUUUUCGAGAUGAGUACGAAUCGAGCCGACCAGAUUAGUGGCGAUCGAGAAUUCCGAAACAUGUAAAAUUAGAAGGAAUUGGAGAACGAAGUUUCGUCUCCCCUCGUAUAACUGACCUCGACCAACGUCGGAAUUUACUUUACGAUCGUUAGUUUGCACAGGUCGUCUAUAGGAUGAUACGUAAACUCUCUUCACUGCAACAUCGGCUGUUCGGAGUUGAAACGCGCCGCGAUUUUCCGAACUCCCUGUAACGGAUUUUUUUUCAUUUCAUUGCCAUCCUUGCGCAAAGUUGAAAAUUUCAGAUUAAAAAUAGACGUUCGUACAUUUCGUGUUUAAUUGUUCGCUGGCGCAGCUGUGUUACCCUUCAAGAUUUAUUCCCAUCGCAUGUCCCAAACAAAUUGUACUCCCUCUAGUCAAACGGUCGUUAACUUGUACUACGUUAACAACCGCGUAUAUUUUACAUGACUGGUGUAAUACCGCGACAACCCGAUACCUAGUUCCAUCCUCCGUAAAAGCACGUGUACGUACGAGUUCUGUAUACCAAAUUCGAGUACGUUCCGAUCAAAAAUCACAGCUUCUACCAUAGAUAUUUUUACUGUAACAGAUUUGCUAUAUAGGGUGUUAAUAAAUAAUUGUGCCAAACUUGAGGGGGUUAUAAAUUGCACUCAAGCGAGUACCUAAUCUGGUGUGGUACAGCGUGGUCAACGCCUGGUCAUCGGCAACCCAACGCGCAUCCCCUACUCGAGAGCUGUACGCUCACAAUUCAGAAGACGGAGGCUUUAGGUUGUGGUCCAUUUGUUUUGUGUAUUGUUUAUUAAUUUUUGAGUUUUCAAUCAAUGCGUAGAAAUUUAUUUCAGUGGCGUAGAAUCGCUCAAUUAACCUCCGCCCUGUAGAACAUCUCAGAUUACUCGUUUAAUUCAAGUGCACCUUAUUACCUCCUUCGGCUUGGCACAAUUGUUUAUGAACACCCUGUAUAUUUCAAUCUGUCCAUAUCCAAAUACUGCGGAAACCGAAUCGUUGUUUUCCCAUCAUAAGUCUAUCGUGGUAUGAUAAAAUAAGCGGGGAACGUUCCGUACGAAGCUUAAAUCCGAUCCAGGAAACCCCCACAAACCAAUCCUAUUGAAAGUCGCACCACUCUCCGAAACUAUUGUCCACCAUCUUAGAAUUGCAAAUAAUUUGAAUUUCACGAUUCUGCUACCACGCUCGGGAUCUGGGCGCAUUUUCGAACGAGAAAAAAAAAAAACAAAAAAAAACAAAAAAAAAAAAAAACAGGUCCAACAAGCGCACUUUCUUCUCUGUCGUUUUUAUUUCUUUCUUCGAUCGUACGUUAGUGGGUUUUCUUCAACGGGAAUUACACUCGAAACUAUAUAUACGAAUAAAAAAAGGCGAUAAGUGGUAACACCCGUUGUAUAGGUCAAAUCACCGAUACUAUCGUCUUAUUAUAGCGAGUCAUUCCCCAUCGAGGAACUCGGCGCAGCAUUUUAUUAAUUUCGUUGUACCGCAGUGAGGAUAUACGCAUAGAUGUGUGUAUCAAACACCGUUGGAAUUCUCCACGCAGGUCAUUUGGAAUAUUGAUGAACCCGACGGUAUCUCAAACCUCCACCCCUUGCAAUGCUCUGCAAAGUUCUCCUACUCAAACUCCAAACAAUUUUCGACCCCCCGACCGCUGCGUCGAAAAACCCAAAUCGUGUACGUUCCUAAGUACGUACAGACUUAUAUCUAAACUAUAUACGUAUACGUGUUUAUGUGUCUCUCCUGCAAUUCCGAAAGUUGGUAGCCCAGACUAGACGAUUGUUUUGAAGAUAAUCGCAACGAAAUCUACGAUAGAAGAGAAGAAAGGAAGUGAAGAAAAAAUAAAUAACGAUGAAAACGUCUUAGGAAGAGACGCGCGCCGCCCGGCACAAUUCUCUAUCGACGCAGAUACGUAUACAUAUUAUAUGUAGACAUAUAAGCGUAAAAGAUGAUACGUCACUGAACGACAUCGCGAGUGACAUGUAGAUAAGUUUAUAUCGUCAGCUGAUAUUCGUCAUAUAUACAUGGGAAUUAAUUUCGCGGUGAGCGCCGAAGCGCCGAACAGCAAAAUCAACCAAGUGAGCGAUUCCGAUGUUUGUCAAGUGCGUUGAAUAAUAAGUUUUCCAACGCAGAUAUGUAUUAUACGUAUAUACAUAUGUUCACACACAACAUUAUUAACGAUUGAUAAUACAUAACGCAGGGUUGCGGGCAGUUCAGACAUGGGAAGUGAGCAUUACUGCCUGAGGUGGAACAAUCAUCAGAGCAACUUGCUGGGUGUAUUCAGUCAGCUGCUGGAGUCCGAGUCACUGGUGGACGUGACACUGGCGUGCACGGAGGGUCCCUCCAUCCGUGCUCACAAGGUCGUCCUCUCAGCUUGCUCCAGCUACUUCCAGGCUUUGUUUCUCGACCACCCCAAUCGCCACCCCAUCGUCAUUCUUAAGGACGUCCGCUUCUCCGAGCUACGAACCCUCGUCGACUUCAUGUACAAGGGAGAAGUUAACGUUGAGUAUUGCCAACUGUCCGCUUUACUAAAGACGGCCGAGAGUUUAAAAGUCAAAGGACUAGCGGAUAUGACAAACAUUAAUGCGGCCGCCGCAUCCAGAGAAGAGCAACAGCAUAUUGUGAGUGAAAAUCAGCGGGAUCGGGAACACCGGGAACGCGACAGAGAUAAAGAGCGGGAGCGGGAGAGGGACAGGGACAAAGAAAGGGAAAGGGAAAGGGAAAGGGAUAGGGAUAGGGAUAGGGAAAGGGAACAAAAACGAGAAAGAGAGAGAGAACGGGAAAGGGAGAGGGAGAGGGAGAGAGAGAGGGAGAGGGAGAGGGAGAGGGAGAGAGAACGGGAAAGGGAAAGGGAAGUGGAAAAAGAAUGCGAACAAUCUCAACCUCAACAACUUAGCGACGUUAUGGAGGCGGUACACAUGACCGAGUGUCCGCCGUCACCCGUGGGAGCGGGGAGUCCCUGUCCCGGGCCCUUGGCUCUCCACCGACCGAGAAGAAGUUCCGAAGAUGCCACGAGUCUCGAAGAAACGAGAGGAUCCCUCAGUCCAAUAUCCGUGCACAGUGGUCCCAGCGAUAUGAGCCUCAGUAACAACACCGGUCCCGCACCGUCGGGAGGAAUCCUACCGUCGUUGCAACUGCCGCAAAGCAGGCUUCCAUCCCCUCACAGUACGGAACCACUCGCGGGGCCAUCCGGACUGCCUCCCGUUCAACAAGUCCCGCUUUCGUUAAAAAAGGAGGUGGACUGGGAGCGAUCGACGGACGAUCGCGUCGCGAGUAUCGAGGCUACGACGGAAUACAGACUCCCACCGGAUCCGGUUUCCCUGGCACUGGGAUUAGAAGUUGGAGCAUGGGGUGCCCUGAUCGAACGCUCUUCGAGUUCACUCGGCGUGGGUCAAGGGGGUUCGAUGAUGUCAUCCGGUAGUUUGGCGAGUCUGGCAGGUCUCGCUCGUCGUUGUGGAGUUUGUUUAGCGGCAUUUCCAUCGGCGUGGUUAUUGGAGAGACACGCACUUCUUCAGCACGCUGGUCACCCUGCGGAUGAUAAACCAUUCACUUGCGAGCAAUGCGGACAACGUUACCGGUACAGAUCGGCGUACGUUAAACAUCGCGAGCAAAAUCACCGAGCUCGCCUCCCAGCUGAUAAAUUAUUUACGUGUGACGUAUGCGGUAUGCAAUUCAGGUAUCUGAAGUCAUUUAAAAAACACCGUCUAAAUCAUGCCCUCGAAAGACUUCACAGGGUUCCAGAUCAAUCGCAAUUAGGUUCCGCUGCUGAAAGGAGCGAUCAAGUUUCUAGCACAGGCGAACCUUCGCAAAUCGAAACUAACAGCGAAUCGAGUGCAGUUGACCCCGAGGAACGGGUACAGGAAACGUCAUCGGAAGGUCCGCGCGAAGAAGUGAUAUCGGAGACAACGAGUCUACGGGAAAGUCUUGAAGAAAUUAGCGCUGCAGCAACGGGUGACGGCGAAGGCGUCGUUGUUGGAGGCAGCGGCGGAGGGGGAGGAGGAGGAGGAGGGGGAGGAGGAGGAGGAGGAGGAGGAGGAGGAGGAGGAGGAGGAGGAGGAGAAGGAGGAGGAGGAGGAGGAGGAGAAACGAGUCGAUUGAUCACCGGUGUGAGUGGAGAAGCUAAUAAUGAAAUUGGUGAAGCUGACGACGGAGCCCUCGACGAAGAUCGAGCUGCAGGUUCGAAGAUGAUGUUGGGUUUGCUAAGAAGACACGAUCCGGAGAGAAGAGAGCGACGUUUCGCUUGUCCAUUUUGCGGUAAAUGCGUCCGUUCUAAGGAAAACUUGAAGCUACACGUGAGGAAACACACCGGUGAGAGACCGUUCGUUUGUCUAUUUUGCGGUAGAGCAUUCGGCGGUAAAAGCGACCUAACUAGACACCUAAGAAUUCAUACGGGAGAGAGACCCUAUCACUGCGAAAUGUGCGGAAAAUGUUUCGCCAGGGCUGAUUAUUUGUCAAAACAUUUGACCACGCAUAUUCAUCAGCGUUAACGAUAUGUAUUCGUCGCGCAUAUAUCAUAAAGAUCGAACUAGGAUCGCAACAAUAAUGUUAUACAUGCCUAUUUGAAAUCCAUCCAACGAUCGAUCGCUUUUGCCGCGUCACGUCGUCCAGGUGGCGUGUCAAUUACACAACCAAAUAUAUUGAAAACUGUAGGUACUAUAAAUUGUGAAAAUUCAUAUGAGGCCGCGAGAUCGCUUUGUGGAAACGAAAAGGGGGUAAAAAACAAGAAAACCGAAGAAGAGAUAAGAAAUGAGAAUUUGUACAAUAUACUAGUGAGAAUAUUUGUGAUAAGGUUUACCAAAGAACACGUAGAGAGAUUCCCUUGAAAUGAUGCAGAGGUUGAACGAUUAUGCGGUGAAGUUCGUUUUAACUAUUGUACAUCAUAAUUAUCUAUACUUUUUUCUAUAACAAUAAUAACUAGGUAUAUGUACGUACAUACGUACGCACGUAGAUCUGUACGGGGAUUCACGACUUCCGCGGAUUAUGUGCAAGUUCGCACCGGUGCCUUUAAAAUUUGAGUCCUGUCUCAUUAUGUCAAGUAGAUAAAACAAGCAAUAAAGUAAUCAUGCACGUAUUGAUUCUUUCAAUUCUUUACUCUGUUAAUUUUUAUGAAGUGUUCAUCCACCCGUGAUCAUUACGAUAUGGAGCAAUGGAUAUGAAAUGUUCAACUUUUGAUAAUUAGGUGCGUUUACACAUGCAAGUCCCUAUAACCUAUAAUUAAUUAGAGAUGAAACUGGAGCGCGAUGAUAUUAAUCCCAAGAGUCGUGUUACCCCGAUAUACCUUAGCGUUUUGGCGUACGUGAAUAAAAAUCAAUAAAUAAAUAAAUAAAAACAAAAAAAGAGUUGAAUAUGGGUGCUAUUCUAUAAUGGUAAGAUUUCCGGAAAGCGUUCAGGCAGCCAACACUCCAAAAAUCUGAAGCAGAUCGUCCGUGCCAAAUGUUGAAAAUUCUUCGAUUGUAUUUUCGAGUUCCCUCCAGACACAAACAAGGCUGUCCUGACACUCUACGGGCUCAAAAAUUUAAUUGUAACAUAUUACAUUUUAAUUGUAAAAAAUUACUGAAAACAAAAAAAAAACACCGUUGUGUCGUUGUUCACAUUCAUAUUAUAAUUAUUAUUGUAAUUAUUACUGUAUAAAUAUUAGAUGUACCUAUAUACAAUAUAAAUAUAAUUAUCACUGAUUGAUGGUGCGAUGCAACGAAUAUUGCGGAAAUAUGAAGAAAUCGCGAGCGAAUUAUUAUACACACGUAAUAUAAUAUAUAUUAUGAUAUUUUAAUUCAUUUUGUGAUUAUAAUAGAUAGGUACAUACAUGUACACAUAUAUGUACAUAUAUAUAUAUAUAUAGGUGUACAAUAACCAUUUACUCGCUGAUAUUGUUCGCUCAUCUCACCAACGAAAUUACAUAUGAAAAAUGUUUACAGUAUAUGUUCGUAUGUAAAAUAUAAUAUAACAUAUUAUGUCCGUCCUAAAA